AUGUUGAAAUUAUUGAUGUUAUUCGUUCUCAUCUUGUGCAUCACUCUUGUUGUAACUCACUCCCGAGUUAUUCAACCAAGUGAUGCUAAUACUAUACAACAAACUUGUAGUAAAACUCCAAAUUCUGCACUAUGCAUUAAAUUCCUAAAUGCUGACCCAAAAAGCUCCACCGCAAAUGUCAAUGGUUUAGCACUAAUCAUGGUUAAUGUAAUAAAGAGUAAAGCAAACAUUGCAGUAAACAAAAUCAAUCAACUUAAUGGAAGUAUUCCUCCCACUCAAAAGGGGGCACUUAAGUCAUGUGCUGAUAAAUACAAUGCAAUUUUGGUAGCUGAUGUUCCACAAGCAACCGAAGCUUUGCAAAAAGGAGAUCCAAAAUUUGCAGUAGAUGGUGCAAAUGAUGCUGCAAUUGAGGCCAAUGGUUGUGAGAAUGGCUUCUCUGGAAAAUCACCACUCACAGCUGAAAAUAAUGUGGUGCGUGAUGCAUCCGCCAUAACAUCAGCAAUAUGUAGAUUGUUGCUCUAG